CCCUCUGCCCAGCCUAGCCCAGCCCAACCCAGCCUGGUGCGGGCUUCGAGGGGAGGCACCAGGCAGGAGCUCGGGCUGGGCCGGGCUGGGCUGGGCCGGGUUGGGCUGGGCUGCGAGAUGAAGAGGCCGCCAGCUGCCCAUCAGGAGGCCUCCUGGCUGCCUCCCCGCCCACCCUCUCCAAUCCCCUUUUCCGCCCAGACUCCGGGGCUUUUCCUCGUCUCUUCCCACUCAGAGCAUCCUUCAUCCCAAGCGUCCCUGGAGGCAGGUGCCUGCCAUCGGAUCCAGCUACUGCAGCCUGGUCCCGGACUGGCUUGAAGACCACAGAUUAACAAGAGCCUCCCCAGGAGCGGGGAGAGAAAGAUGCGCUGCUAACUCAGAACUGGGGAGGGGGUGGUUCUGUCCUUCAUUUUCCCCAAGACCUGCGCUCUGUGUGUGUGUGUGUGUGCGCGUGUGUGUGUGUGUGUGUGUGCACGCGCGCGCGUGUGUGUGCGAGUGUAACCUCGGCCAUCCUACUUCACCAAGCUGCUUCUGGCUUUUUGCUUGCUUGCUUUUUUUUUGGGGGGGGGAAGUCAUCAUCUUAUGCAAUGGCUUUCACUCCCCGGCUGUGAGAGGCUGGGGGAGAGCGGAGGUCUCAUUCUCAGCUGGGAGUGGUUCUCUCUUUGUGCCUGAAUGAGUGAGUGAGCGAGCGUGCGUCCUCAGCAUCCCGGCACUGGGCACCUCUAAAACACGCACCAUCGCUGUCAUUAGUUAAUAUUCCAGAGGAUCAUUGGGUAGGGCUUCUGUGAAAUGCUCUUUUGGUUAAAAGAAGACGAAAUGUCCCAUCAGGAGCUCACCCAGCGGCUGGCCACAGUGAUCACUCAUGUCGAUGAAAUCAUGCAGCAGGAAAUCCGGCCCCUCGCGGCAGUGGAUAUCAUAGAACAACUCCACAGACAAUUCGCCAUCCUGUCAGGAGGCCGAGGGAAAGAUGGUGCCCCAAUAAUCACCUUUCCUGAGUUUGCAGGCUUCAGUGAAAUCCCUGAUGAAGAUUUCCUGAAUGUUGUGACCUACUUGACCAGCAUCCCCAGUCUGGAGGCUGCCAGCAUCGGGUUCAUCAUCGUUAUCGACAGGAGGAGAGACAAAUGGAGCUCCGUAAAGGCAUCCUUGACCCGAAUCGCAGGAGCAUUUCCAGGAAACCUGCAGCUUGUCUUUGUUCUUCGGCCAUCUCGCUUUAUCCAAAGGACCAUUGCUGACAUUGGCAUUAAACUCUAUAGAGAUGACUUUAAAAUGAAGGUACCGAUCAUCAUGUUGAACUCUGUUUCUGAUCUCCACGGCUACAUCGACAAGAGCCAGCUGACUCGGGAGCUGGGGGGGACCCUAGAAUAUGGCCAUGGACAGUGGAUACACCAUCGAACGGCCAUAGAAAACUUUGCCCUGACGGUGAAAACCACAGCCCAGAUGUUACAGACUUUUGGGACAGACCUGGCCGAGACAGAGCUUCCCAAUGACGUCCAGUGUACGGAGCAGCUCCUCCAGUCCCACACAGAGCAGCACAGCAAGCUGAAGGCUGAGCUGAAGCUGGCAGGGAGCCAGGGGGGCACGUUACUGUCAUGCAUCCGAGAACCUGCCAGCAAGAACCCAGCCAGCAAGCUCAACCCAGAUGAACUGGAAAAUAUCCUGACGGUUGAAAGGUUACUAGCUCAGCUGGACGAGACAGAAAAGGCCUUUGAUCAGUUCUGGACCAAGCAUUAUCUGAAGUUGAACCAAUGCCUGCAGCUGCGGCACUUUGAGCACAAUUUCCGAGAGGUUAAACUGGCCCUGGAUAGCCUCAUGUACGUACAGGCAAAAUUCACAGUCAUUGGGACUAGUGUGACACGUGUGGAACAACUGCUGAAGGAGCGGAAGCAGCUGGAAGAGAAAGGCCAGGUACCCCUAGAGAAGGCCCAGUCUCUGGCGGUGACUGGUGACCAGCUUAUUCAGAGCAACCACUAUGCGGUGGACUCCAUUCGGCCCAAGUGUGUGGAGCUCCGGCGCAUCUGCGAUGACUUCACCAACGAGGCCAAGAAGAAGUGCGACAUUUUGGGAAAGGCCCUGGAAAUGCAUAAGCAGCUAGACGCGACCAGUCAGUGGUGUGAGGCCGGCAUCUACCUUUUAGCAUCCCAAGCCUUGGACAAGUGCCAGACGCAGGAGGGAGCUGAGACAGCCCUGGGGGACAUAGAAAAGUUCCUGAGCACAGCCAAGGAGCACCAGCUGCUCAACCCCAAGGAAUUCUACAGCCAGUUCAACAUGGUUCUCACCCCUGAAAUAAAGGAAGAUGCAGACAAGGUUGUUCAGAAGCUGGAAGAUGUUCAAGAAAUGUUCGAAAGGAGACAAGUGAGCCUGAAGAAGCUGGCAGCCAAACAGACCCGGCCUGUGCAGCCUGUGGCCCCCCACCCGGAGUCUUCCCCCAAGCGGGCCUCCCCCAAAACCAACCGGCCCACCACCCUCGCUCCCAGUAGGAGAAUAUCUGAAGUUCCCUGUCCUCCCAAGACAGUCAGUGAAGCAGAGUUGUUGAAAAAGAAAAGCAUCAAGAAACCCAAAGGUGGAAUUAAGAUUGAAGUGAUGCAUGAAGCCAGUCAAGGUGGGUCCAGCAGAAUACUGGUGAUGAGUGAAAGUGAAGAGAACCUGUCCACCAGGAGGAGCCACAUCAUGCAUGAGCUGAUUGAAACAGAACGAGUUUACGUUGAGGAACUUCAAAGUAUAAUUGAGGGUUAUGCGGCAGAAAUGGACAAUCCAGACUUAAAUCACCUGAUCCCUGUUGCUCUUCAGAACAAAAAGGAAAUUCUCUUUGGAAACCUCCAUGAAAUUCAUGAGUUCCAUAACAGGAUUUUUCUUAAAGAAUUGGAAAACUGCGUCGAAAACCCUGAAUUUCUUGGCCGGUGCUUUCUAAAAAGGAAAGAGGACCUUCAAGUCUAUGAAAAAUACUGUCAAAAUAAGCCCCGGUCUGAAACACUGUGGAGACAGUGUGGAGACAGCAUCUUCUUUCAGGAAUGUCAGCGAAAGUUGGACCACAAACUCUCCCUGGAUGCUUACCUCUUAAAACCUGUCCAGAGAAUCACAAAGUACCAGCUGCUUUUAAAGGAGAUGCUAAAGUGUAGCAAGAAUUCAGAAGAUACAGCAGAGCUGGACGAAGCUCUGGCCACUGUCCUGGAUAUCAUCAAAUCAGUCAAUGACUCAAUGCAUCAGAUCGCAAUCACUGGCUAUGAGGGAGACCUCCACGAACUGGGCAAGUUGCUGAUGCAGGGCUCCUUCAGCGUGUGGACAGACCACAAGAAGGGCCACAACAAGGUCAAGGAUUUGGCUCGGUUCAAACCCAUGCAGCGCCACCUAUUCCUCUAUGCCAAGCUCCUGCUCUUCUGCAAGAAGCGAGAGGACAGCGUCGAUGGGCACGAGAAGUCUCCCUCGUACAGUUUUAAAAAUUCUCUCAAGAUGAGCAUGGUUGGCAUUACAGAAAAUGUGAAAGGAGACAACAAGAAGUUUGAAAUUUGGUAUAAUGGUCGAGAAGAAGUAUACAUUAUUCAGGCAUCUUCAGUAGAGUUGAAAAACCUCUGGGUUUCUGAGAUCCGAAAAGUCUUGACGGGACAACUGGAAGCUUGCAGAGAAGCAAGUCAGCUACACCAAAGAAUCACAGAAAGUGUCUACCAUGCACCGAUGGACACAUCUAGCUCCUCCAGGUAUAACAGGAAAUCAACAAGUAUAUAUGAAAACAAACCUGAGUCAUCGGGACUAGAAACUUCUACCAGCAGGAACCAAAACACCAGUCCCAACAGCACCAGGCAAAAGAGAGCUGAUGCUUCUGCCAACCUUCCCCUUGAGCGCUCAGCUCUUGCUAGAAAGCGAUUCACAUUGCAAGGGCUUUCCAACCGCCGAGCUCCACCCAAAGAUCCCGAAGCUAAAGAGAAGGAUGUCACCCGGCGCUUCUCCCUCGCCUCCUCCCUUGGCACUACGGUUCCCACUCCCACCGGCCUCACCAAAGGUCCUCUGGGUCCUGCGGUUAAAGUCAAGAGGCAUGAAAUAAAGAGUGACCCAACACCCCUUGGGUUUGAAGAUGCUUUUGAGAAUUCCAUCUUGGCCCAGGCUAAAUCCAGUGGCAGGCCCACCACAAGAACAGUCCCCAGAUCUGCCUCCCAGACAGGCUGGCCCAGCAGGCAACUUCCCUCUCUGGAUACCUUUGAGGAUUUUGAAGUCAUCCCUUCCAGUACAGAUGAACUCUCCAACUCUUCAGACAUGGAAGAAGACACCAGCACCCAUAAUGUGUCUGGUCUCUUCCGAGUAGAGGGCAGUUAUGAAACCUGCUCCCCGGAUUCUCUCGCCCUGGAGGAUGGUGACUUGGUGCAGUUUGUACAGGAGGGAGAAAAUGGACAAUGGUUAGUAAAGAAAUUGGUUUCUGAGAAAAGUGACUGGGUGCCCUCCAGUCUUCUUCACCCUGCUGGUGUAGAUGGUGACCAGGUUCAUAAAAAUAACAACAAAGAAACAUAUCCCAACUCCCAUGACCCAGGGCUAACAGACUCAGAAAGGAAGGAAAACAACCUUGUACAAAGACUAUCAACUACCCAGAAGGCUGAAAGCUGAACCCACCUGCUCAGGCCACCUCCUCCAUCCAUCUCUUACCUUUGAUUUUGCUUUGGACAUUUUCCUCCCCCUCCCCUCACCACAUCCCAUCCCUUUUCCCUGAACACCGAAUCUGCUUGGACUUCUGGGAAACUCCACACUCCCAGACCUACCUACAGGAAUCACUCCAUCUGGUCAAUAAGAAGAAGCAAAGAAGUCCUUUUCAGGAUUCAAGACAAAAACAAAGGUCUCCCAGUUGUUAGUGAAACCAUCCAAGGAUGUCGACCUAAAUGUGGUCUGCUGUUAGUGUUGUAUUAGCAAGGGCCUGGCUGUUUGACAAAACCUCUGGGAUCAUAUCUAAGGGGGCUGAUUGCUGCCCUUGGGCAAUCUUCACCCCAAGUAUCAAUGAUGUCCCAUCCUCCAUUAUGAUUUCUCACCAAAGGUGUUCCUGAGAAGGAGUGGGGUGGGGAGGCCGCAUGAGACAGGUCCUGUCCCUGCUCUGGGAAGGUGAGCCAGGUGUAGGCUUUAGGCAGGUGUUGACAGAGAGGGAGAAGAGAGAAAUUGCUAUCUGGAUCACCUGCCCAGUGAGGUUGUGUGCCCUCUGGCUCGACAUGGGGAAAGAGGAGGUGAUUUGGAUAGCAACUGGACCUUCCAUUACCUGGCUCCAAAGGUCAUCUGGGAUGACCAUUAGCAAUGAGGCCCACACUGGAGGUUAGACCAGGUUUACAUUAUUUCCCCUGGGGACAGACCGACCACUAAUCAUUGUACUCACCAACAUUGCCCAGAGAUGUCAGGGCAUAGCCUGCCCUUGCACUCACACGCCUAUUACUGAAGUGUGGGGGAAUGGAGAGGGACAAAUUAUCCCAUAUUAAUUCUUGUGCCCUUUUUCUGGAGUGGGGCUGAUGGACUAUAAAUCCCAAGCUGCUAUUCUACCUGGAACAAGCUUCAUGGUGCUAGGGAGCCAAGGAGAGUGUGUGCUCUGUGCCUAGGAGAGGAAGACUUCAGCUCUCGAUCAUCAUAGAAAAUAAUGUGCAUUUACAAGAAACUUGCCUGGAAGGUGUGAUGUGAUGACAAGCAGGGGAGGGAGGGAGAGGAAGUAAAUUCCAAAAAGGAUUUGAAAGGAUUCCUAAUAGACAUCUUCAGCCCAUUCUUCCCCUCUAUCCCUCCUGCAAUCCUGCCUCUGCACUUCAAUGAGGUUCCAUCCACUGUUCUCUACAGGGAAAUGGAUGGGCCUCAUAGGGCCACCAGUGGUGGGGGGAACAGGGGAAUGACCUUUUGUUAUUCCAAAGAAAGCAUCUUCACCUGUGAUUACACCAGCCUUACCUGGCUCCAGCUCUGAAACGGGAGAAUGAGUCUCACUCAGUAGGAGUCAUUCAUAGGCUCCAUUUAGAAUGAGCCUAGGAGGGGGGAAGUAGCCUGAGUUGGUGAAGCAGAGACUGAUUGGAAACUUGAUGUGUUGAUUGCCUGACUUCCAGCCUGGGAGAAUGAUCAGGAAGUGCUUUGUUAUUCCAAUUAGGCUUGCAGACCCUCAGUGAGAAACUCCACGGAGAUGCCUCAAUGGAGCAAGUCUGCUGGUCCUCCCAUCUCCUGGCUAUAUUUGGCAAGCUGUUAUCUCUUCUCUGCUAUCAUGGGCGUCCCCAAAUUGCCCUUGAUUCAACUGUUGGUGUCUUUUUUCUGUCCAGCUCAGCUGUCUGAUUAUAUGAAUGAUUCUGUGCCAGGAGAUGCCACUCUGAUAUAUUUUUGGUCAUCAUAGGGGUGGCAGCAGGAUCCUCCAGCUUAGUAACCAACGACUCCAACCACCUCAUUCCUUCCUGAUAAUACGCCCUGAUGUGACCCUAACCAAAAUUCAGUUUCUCAAGAGCAGACAAUUUUGUUAUUUGCAUUGGGAAAGCACCUGAAUUUGGGGGAGACUGUAAAUUGAGUCACUUUAAUUUAUGAACAUUCACAGAGAGACAGGGACAAUUUAUCCCUUGUCUUUCUGGGCUUUCAUUGACCCAUUGCUCUCUUCCUGGGGAGCUGAGAAGAAAUGUUUCCUGAGUAUAAGCAGAUGAGACUGCCCUAUAAAACAAUAUAAGAUGAGAAUUUGCUAGAGUUGAAUAAGAAGUACCAGUUGCAAGCCCUAAUCAAUUGAGAAAGGAAAUAGCCAUGUGAGGGAGAGAAAGGUUCUGGGGAAGAAUGAGGGGCCAGCUGGGGGGUGUCUGCAAGGACUCCCAGAUGUCCUCUUUGAUCUUGUUAGUCUAUUCCUCCCAUAUGUGGGCUAGGGAGUUAUUGGUUCUUUCGAGACCCAUAUUCCCCCAUGCCAAAAGCUGCACUUUCUAUUUGAUGAGUAUAAAGGCCAAAAAAGUCUUCCCCUCCCACCCCAUCCUGGGUCCUCCAAGGUCUCCCCCUAAGAGGGGAGGCUCCAGCCUGUAGUCCAGAGUCACCUCCCUGACCUGGAUGGGUUUUUCCCAUUCAUCCUCACUUCUCCCACUGGCUGCUGGGAUGAUCUCAGAACCACUUGGGGUGGGGCUGGAGGGGAAGGAGGCUUCCUCUCCUUUUUCUACAGGACUCAUCCUGCUUUCCCCAAGAUCUUUUCAGCUAAAUGGAAUGCCCAGCUGGCCACCACUUCUCCCAAAUCCCCAAGAUUUAUGAAAAGACUUUAAAGAAAUCUAUCCAAUAUUUAUGACUGUUGAUGUUUCCUCUCCCUCCUGUAUCUCUGACUGUUCUGUGUGAUUCUCCUGGAACUCUCUCUGUAAUUAGUACUUAAUCUCAAUGCCCCUGUGUUAGUGCAUGCAUUUCCCUGGUGGCGGCGGUGCUCAAGGCCCCUCCUUAGCCAUUAUUACUGAAACUGCAGGUCUGUAAUUUUUUUUCUUCCAAAAACUGUCUUUUUCUGCAAACCCAACAUGUUUUUCAGCCUCAGUUUCCCCAUCUCAGCAGAUUUCUGGACUUUGACUCUCCUGCUUUGUCUUUCCUUCAAACCAUUCUAAGGUCUCUAUAAGCCUUCCGUAAUGGCUUGUUGGGUGUGUGUUUGGUUUUUUCUUUUUUAAUGCAAAUUGGCAGGAAAACAUUUUGUUUGUUACAAGAAGGGGCAAAACCUGUCUCAGCAGGGCUGUUAUGUAUGAAGUUUCACAAAGGGUGGAGAGAGGUGGAAGGGGGUGCUUCGGGAUGGGGGAAUGUGGGAGCCAGGCCUUGUGGGCCCCUAUGUGGGCUAGAUUGCUCACAUUUCAAAAAGAAAGACUUCAUUUUCAUCUUCCCAUUCCCUCGUUUCUAGCCAUGUAGAAAGGCAAUCAUUUUCUAUUUGGCAUGGAGAAUGCCCUCAGAUAACGAGGAGGGCUUCAGUCUCUAAAGAACCUCCAUGGAAUGAUAAUAUUAGAUUGAGUGUGGGGGGAAGCUGGAGGGUUAGUUUAUUAGAUAAAGUAUCUGGGUGCUGCUCUGUUCUACGUCAUUCUGUUCAGCUUUGCCAGGACAAUCUUUUUCUGCAAUGUGUUAUUUUCCGGUAAACAGGGAAUUAUUAACUAGUGCAUUACAAUCCACACA